CUCGGUCUAUUGUAGGCCGGCUUUAGUGCACCCAGCGCCGCCGCAUCCGUCACUCCUCUCGUAGAGAACCGCAUGUCUCGUAGUUCAGUGUUACACUGUGUCGGAUUUUGAUAAAACAUAAACACAAACAGAACCGGUCAUGAGGCAGGCGGUGGUCUUCGCGGCGCUGCUCGCGCUCGCCGAGUGCGGGCCCCCUGGGAAGCCGAACUUGGGAUGGGGUGAACGGACGUUCGCGAUCGUCGAAGUGAACCAAGCGGCCACGGCGUACAACCAGCUCGUGAAACGGCAUGACGCCGCCGAUGUCACUGUCACGUGGAACGUUUGGUCGGGAGACCCGGCCACGAGCUCCAAAGUUCUUCUAGAUGGCAAGCAGUACUGGUCCGGCGCAGGCUCUGCGACCUCCGCGACAUUCCCUGUCAAGAAAGGAGGAAGAUACCAGAUGAAAGUGGAACUCUGCAAUGCAGACGGUUGCAGCUCCUGUGAACCGACCGAAAUCGUUGUAGCCGAUACUGAUGGAAGCCAUUUACCUCCUCUGGACUUUUCAAUGGGAGAGAGGAAUAAGCCGUUCAAGCAGACAUCUGGGAAAGUCGUCGGUGCUUACUUUGUGGAGUGGGGUGUGUAUCCCAGGAAGUUCCCAGUCGACCGCAUCCCUGUUCCGAAUCUCACCCAUCUUUUGUACGGAUUCAUCCCGAUUUGCGGUGGAGACGGUAUCAACGACAGUUUGAAAGAAAUCGAGGGAAGCUUCCAAGCUUUACAACGAUCUUGCAGUGGCCGAGAGGACUUCAAGGUUUCCAUCCACGACCCUUGGGCAGCUUUACAGAAACCGCAGAAGGGACUGUCUUCCUGGAACGAACCUUACAAGGGCAAUUUCGGACAGUUGAUGUCGUUGAAGCAGAGGAGACCCGACUUGAAGAUUCUACCCUCAAUCGGUGGCUGGACUCUCGCUGAUCCCUUCUUCUUCUUCACCGAUCAGACAAAGAGACAUCGUUUCGUGGACUCUGUGAAAGAUUUCCUCAUGACCUGGAAGUUCUUCGAUGGUGUCGACAUCGAUUGGGAGUUCCCCGGAGGUAAGGGAGCCAACCCUGAUCUCGGAAGCCCAGAGGACGGUAAAAUCUACGUCACAUUGAUGAAGGAGUUGCGCGAAAUGCUUGAUGAACUGACAGUUUCGACCGGUAAGAAGUACGAGCUGACUUCUGCUAUCAGCUCCGGUUGGGACAAGAUCCAGGUUGUAGAUUACAGCAAGGCCCAGAACUACAUGGACCACAUCUUCUUGAUGAGUUACGAUUUCAAGGGAGCUUGGUCAAACGACACUUUGGGUCACCAAACUCCACUGUACGCGCCAGAAUGGAAUCCCAAAGAGACGUACACGACUGACUUUGGUGUUAAGUACCUGUUGGCUCAAGGGGUUAAUCCGAAGAAGAUUAUAGUGGGUGUAGCUAUGUAUGGCAGAGGCUGGACCGGUGUCAAUGGUUACAAAGACGGGAACCCCUUCACUGGCAACGCAACAGGACCCGUUAAAGGGACUUGGCAAGACGGAGUAGUGGACUACAGGGAAAUAGCCAAUGAAAUUGCACAGAGUCAGUGGGAGUUCCACUAUGACAAUGUAGCACAAGCCCCAUAUGUCUUCAGACCGUCGACCGGUGACCUGGUAACGUACGACAACGCGAGGUCCGUUAUUGAGAAGGGUAAAUACGUAAGGAAUAACAAACUAGGGGGUCUCUUCGCAUGGGAGAUCGACGCAGACAAUGGUGAUCUACUAAAUGCCAUGAACAUGGGUCUGGGCAACAAUCAGGCUUGAAUUUCGGUUUGAACCAUGAACGUAUUGUAAAUGUGAUCGUAUAUAAUAAGUUUGCUGUAAGUAAGGUCUCACAUAGGUCGUAGAUGUAUGAACGUAAUUUAUAAUAAAGACUGGUAAAUGUAUAA